UUUUCAUCUUCAAAAAUGUUCAACGCUGGGCAGCUUUUUGAAUCACUUCUUUCGAGUGGCGCAGGAAAUGGAUUGCUUCAACAAUUAGCUGGUGCAGUCCAAGGGGGUGACUUUGGAAGCAUUCUAAAUUCAAUUUCGGGUGGGGCUGAUGUUAACGAAAAAGACGAGAAAAAUGGAACAACACCUCUACAAAUGGCUAUUAUGGCCGGGCUUACAGAAAUUGUUAAGUUGUUGUUAUCAAAAGGAGCAUCCGUUAACCAAACCAACAAUGAAGGCAAAAACGCUUUGGAUAUAGCUAAACAAGGAGUAGAUGAUGCUCCAGAUGAUGAAACUAAAGAAAAGUUUCAAGAAAUGGUUCAGAUGCUUGUUCAACAUUCUAAUCAGUAA